AAACAGCCAGAAAAACCCGCAGGAGCCAAGACACAACUGAAGGGCGUAAACUCCUGCCAGGGAUCUCCAAUCAGGCCCGGGAGGCUUGGCUGCUUGCCGGAUAAAUGCCGAGGCGGGAGGCUGGGGAGCCAGCGAGCCGCUGGGCAGGGAGAGGAAGAGGAGGAUGAGUGCUGGGGUGCUGGGGGCCGGGAGGCAGAGAGCACCCAGCAGCACCCCGGACGGGAUGAACUGGACCCCCACGGCAGCCCGGCAGCCCCGUCCCAUCUCCUCCAGGCCCCGGACAUCGUUCCUCAUCCAAGACAUCCUCUGGGAUGGGGCAGAGGGGGGCGAGAGCGGAGGGUUCGGCAGCUCGGAGGACGGUGGGGUGGCCGCCAUGGAGGGCGGCGAGGGCAGCUCGGCCCUGGAGGACCCCCCCGGGACCCCUCGUCCCCCAGGAGCAUCCCAAGAUCAAGGGACACCCCAGGAGGCAGAUGCAGAUGAGAAUGAAACGUCAGAGUGUGACCCCCCAAGGGCAGCCCAGUGUCCCCCCAAAGCGGCCAAGCGCUCGCGGGCAGCGUUUUCCCACACCCAGGUCCUGGAACUGGAGCGCAAGUUCAGCCGCCAAAAAUACCUGUCGGCCCCCGAGCGAGCCCGUCUGGCCAAACACCUGCAGCUCACCGAGACCCAGGUGAAGAUCUGGUUCCAGAACAGGAGGUACAAGACUAAAAGGAAACAAAUCGCCUCCGAAAGCGGCGGAACGGACACGGACGCGGCCGGGCACAAAGCGGCCGAGCUGCCCCGAGCAUCCCUGAUCACGCUGCGGGGCGGCUGGCAAUACCUGCCCUGCCUCUACUACCUGAGCGGCUGGAGCCCCUCCUGGUGGUAACCGAGUGGUUUUAAGCAGAAAUCAGCUUUUUCUCUUCGUUUUUUAUCGUGUUUUUUUAAUACCGCAUCGCUCUGCGUAGUGCUAAUCAGGAGAGGGGGGCCCCGCUUGUAACCAUCAGCAUCUUCUGGUUGCUGCACAAAUUGCCACUAACAGCCAAAAAAACCCCCAAGUGCGUAAUUCAGCACGCUCGAUACCGACGCUUUGGGGUUGUAAAAUAUCGCAGGUUCUUUUGGGGACAGAAAGGGAGAAUCCAGCCCCAGAGAUGGUGAUGGCCCCUUUCAAACUGCCUAUCCCCCCCCAAGGCCUUUGCAAGAAGCAAAGUGGUGAUGCUGGGCUGGGACUGGUUUGGCCUCUUGGGCCACAAGCUGCUGUACAAUCUGAAAAUUGGGUUUAAAUUUAAAAAUGAAAGCAAAAAUAUUUGCGUUUCUGCCGUUGGCACCAUAAUUGCAAAUGGUCUCAGAGGGGAAUUGGAGCCCCCCAUGAGUUCUGCAGCCUCCACCUGCAGCGACGCAUUUUUGGGGGGAAUUAAACCCCUUUUUUGCCCACGAGUAGCAACAAAUUGAAGUGCUCGAUGGCCCCGGUUUGCUGGGGUGGAGCGGUGCCAGUUCACCCCCCUGAACAACAAAACCUGGGGAACACGGACAAUAGCGCAAUGACAGACGGGUUUUGCAUAUCCGGGUGGCAACGCUGUUCGGACGUUUCCCAUCUAAGCUGUUUGAAAGAAAAGCUCCAAGAGCUCAACGCUCUCUCAAAGCAGCAGUUUGCAAGUGAAAUCAGCCCGAUUCCCAUCAGGGCAGCAAGAGGGUGACAUCUUUACAAGUUAUUUUUUAAUGAGAUGACAACUAUUUGCACUAACAGAGUAGCAAAGUGUUUUUCUUUUAGCUAAUCAUACUUAAAACUUUAGGUGCCACUAAAUCCAUGGGAGAAAGCAUAGAAAUAAAUGGGAUUUCCAAGAGAGGAAACAGCUCAACUGCUGUUUUUCAGUGUAAAUCAGUGUAGCUCUACUGGAACAAAUGUAAUCAAGUAAAUUGAGGGUUUUUUUUCCCUGUGAACCUCCAGAAAUGUUUCUGUGGCGCCUGUUCUUUCUGCGAGAGAAUUAAAAAUCACAGCGAUCCCAUUCCUGCAGUAGGGAAAUACAGACUAUUAGGAAUAUUGAGGAGCUGCUUAGAUCCGACCUUUUUAACCAGAUUAUUUGGGAAGUGAUCUUCUGCCUCACCCGUUGACCUUGCAAACCCACAUACUCUGCAAAGACAAAGCUGCUCAGUAUGAGGAUGAGGAAAAUCUCAUGGGAAGGGAGAGGAGAACACGCAAACUCAACCCCUAUUUAGUUUUUCUUGCUAUCGGAGCUGUUUGCCCGAUUUGGAGGACACCCGGUUGCUUUUUAAUGGUCUGAAAGUAUCCGCUAAUAUCUCAGACAACAUUUUCCUCCCAUCUCCAGCGGCCACGGAUCCCCCAGCCCAUUCUCUGGGCCAGAAGGACAUCUCCUCUCUGCUGUUUCAAUAUGUUUCAAACCCAGCCCAGCUGCUUAUCCACUCUGAACUUUGCUUAUCCACUGCUUGAAACAAAUAACAUAAUAAUAAUAAUAACAAAAAUGGAUAUAAAAAGCCCUUAUGGCCUCGAAUCCAAGCCCCCGCAUCCCUCCCAAUGGCAUCUCCACAGGGAGGAUGUUCUGCCAAAAUCCCACAGCCAGACCCUCGGGAUGCCGCUUAAAUCAAAGCAGAGAUGCUCUAUUUGCACUAAAUACACUGGAUUUGCAGCUCUGACCAUCCCGGAGCGGCCCCUCCAUGGAAAUCGUGGUGUGUCCUUUGCACAGACAGCACAAAAGCAACAGGGACGGGCACGUUAUGCUGGGAAGGACUGAAUUGGGCUGGGAAAAUUAGAUAUAAACCAAAAAUUAGAUAUAAACUGAAUGUCUUGAAUGCUUCUUCGGGAAAAUGUUUGUGUUGUAGCUAUUUUUUUAUCCUGCUGAUGGUUUAUUAACCAGUAAAACAUCUUCUUGUUGCUCCAACACCCAGCUGCUCAUACUUCACUUUGCUGGUAGAGAGCAAGUCCAGCGCAAAUAGUUGCUAUUUUUGUACAUAUUUUUGGAUACUAUUUUGUCUGAUGCGCAUUGUCCUUUGGAAUAAAGAGUGCAGAGU